AGAUCCAGAAUCAAAUGAACGAUAAGUUAUCAUGAAAAGUUAGAAAUUUGUUAUUUAUUUAGCGUAAAAACUUGUAUGUAUUAUGUAUAAACAAUACAAUGUUGCAAUGCCCUUACAUGGCUUAUGUUUAAGACUGAAAUUUGAUUUAACAUCUAAUUUGUAUGUACCAAUAUGAUGCAAUAAAUAAUUACAAGUAGAUAUUACCAUCAUUGUAUUUGCAAGCUAUACAUGCAAACUAGUAACAUUAAAUACAUAUAUUCGUCUAAGAAGCAUUUCUUUCAAUGGCUUGAAACAAUAUCUCAGUCCGAUUCACACACUUUUGAGUAAACAUGUGUUUGAAACAGGAUGUAUUUGACAUACAAAUAUUGACACUCAAUAUGCACACAACAGACUCUCUCAAAUGGCACGCAAACUUAGUGGAAGAAGGUGCAUUGGUUUAACUAGAGAAUCUUGAUUUUUUUGUUGGCAUUUCAUUCUGAAAAUGGAUUUCAGUCAUACGUAUCUCCUGUGCUUAUUCUUCAUAAACAUUGAAUCGUCAUCUGGCCAGUUCAUGCCAGCUAUGAGGAAAACUAACAAAUCAAGUUCAUGCGACGGCACCAGUAAAACUGCACUAGUAGAACACUUCUUCAACGUGAUAUUCACAGAGUUCCACAACAACCCACCAGUGUGUGUCUGUGUCCAAAUGUGCAAUGAUCAACCUACUUACUGCUACCCAAAUGGAUGCCUGAAGAAAGUAGACAAUAAGAAGAAAACCCCUGAAGAGAACAGACCGGCUGCUCCGGUGAAUGUCCAGAACGACGAUAUAGCGAAGACAAUGUUCUUGGUCGAAAAUGACUUUAGCCGUUUAUUGAAUGAAAAUUAUGAAAACAACAAAAAUGCACAAACAGAAAGGUCUUCCGUGAAAGACAUGCGUCCAGACCCUUUCAAAGAUAGAUACAAAUCGCUAUUCAAAUACAAGAAAAUGCCCAAAGUUGAACUAAGGUACAACUUACGAGAACAAGUAAAGAAUAUGAAGUCUGACAUACUCAAGGUGGAAACUCAAGACGUGUCUAAAACGAGAUGGCCAAAAACUAACCACAUGGUGCUUCGUGAACAACAAACUUAUAACCUAGGUGAUAAAUCUAAUGAACCAAAAUCUACUGAUAUUGGAUCAAACAAAUUCUUUAUUCAAGGACCUAGUAUCGAAAGAGAUCUGUAUUCUCCAAAGUUCUUUAAAAGAGAUCUAAGAAGGAACCUCAAAGAUGAUAUCGAUGUUCAAUCCGAGUAUUUGACGGAAUUGCCGGACCCUUUGGAACCAAAAACCUUUUCAUUAGAGACGUUGAUAGAUAAUUUAAUAGGAAACAAUUUUGCAAGAAAACCCGACGGUGAAAUAGAAUUCAAAGAACCUCAUAAUGACUCGCAAACAAUUAGUCAAAUUAUAACAACUACAGAAAAUACAAUCAAUGAUACUAAUACAACAAAAGACAAUAAAGAAAUUACUUGUGUUGUUUCUUUGAACAUGACUAAUGAGAAUGUAGAUGAAAACAAAUACGAAGAAAGUCCUAUCAUUAAGAAACAUUUAGACAAAUGGAAAAAUUACACAUUUAACGAAAUGAUAGCUGCUCUGUCUAAACGAAUUGAAAAACAAAAUAAUACUAGUUUACAAAUAAUGAAAGAUGCUUCCAAAGAUAAUAUUGAGGUAACAAUUACCGGGCCUAUGGAUAAUUUGAAAGAUAAAGAUAAUUUAAACGUCAUAGAAGAUACAAAUAUGAAAAAAGCUACAAAUAGCACACAGAAGAUUACAUCAACUACUGAUAGCAAUAACGAAGAAAAACAAACGGCAACAGUGAUGAAGUAGAGAAAAGGAGAGGAAACUGAUUACGCUUGAAAGAUUGCCGUGUGAUCAU